AUGCACGUACUAUAUACCUUACAUGUGGUUUUGUCGCACACUGCGGCACAACAGACGGUCAAGUAUCUUCGAGUCUGCGCUCAAAACAUUGAAAAAGUUGCGCCGGUCGCGAUCUGGGUACUCGAUUAUUUCUUGACUUUUGAACAUGAAGUCCGUCUGUUCAGCAACAUGAGCUGCUGGAACAUUGUCACUGCCAUGUUCAUCCUAGCUAGAUAUACUCCCGUAUUAUGGAUCAUCACCGAAAUAUAUCGGACAGUGGUCUGCCAGUCACUCUUAGCCCAUAUUCAGCAGAAACGGUAUGGACUUUCUCUGAACUUUAUUCAACGUAAUGAUGUUAAUGCCAAGCAAUACAGUCUGCUUCUCGUGCGUAUACUUGCCUUAUGGCAUAACAACAGGAAGAUAAAGCUAUUUUUAUUGGCGAGCUACUGGGUAAACGCUUUGAACGUUUUGCCAUUCGAAGUGCUUAUUGUUAUCGCCAUGGUCAUUUGCGAUGCACUUGUGUGGUCUCUGCUGGAAAGCGUAUGUGUGACCUCAUCGACUCCGAUCGCUUCAAGGUUUACGAAAGUGGAACGCCUGAUAACGGGCAAGUUUGUUAGCGCAGCACUGUUUGAACUCAUAGUGAUCACUCUUACAAUGUAUCAUUCAAUACGACUACGCUUUGAUGGUAUACGCUCCAUCGGUAGAGUGGCGUCAACCUUGUUAAAGGGAAGUUUGCUAUAUGCACUGUCGCUCCUUGCUUCUUUUUCUUUGCCGGCCUCAUCGCGGGGGCAGGGUGGAAUUGUAUAUGUGUAA